CGUUGCGACGGGAUUUAGGACACUUGGGAACAAGAACAAAACGUUGCCACAUUACUUUUUAAAUUCCGUUUACGUCAAAAUACAAGUGACGUUUGGAUAGAAAUUAGAAUAUUUUUGUUUACUUGCCAAAAGUUAUAUUUUGGUCCGUCUGAAUAAUUCAUUCAGCAAAACUAACCAGUGUACGCAGAUAUAAUAUAAAAAUAUUUAAAAUGGACAUGCAAGUGCAAAACUUCGACGGCCGUCAAGUGAGAUUUGACCGAGUUUGGAUAGAACAAAUUCUACUGCAAAUUUCUGAUGCCUUUGAGAUUCGUAUAGUAUGGGACGGCAAUGCGGCUCUGUUGACAACAGUGAUGGCAGUCGCUGGGGGUGUGAUGGGUGGGUAUGCUGGAGGUAGAGUUGGUGCAGCGCUCGGAGCUGGUAUUGGAGGAGCUGCAGGAUUUGGAGUGUCAACUGUAGUCUCAUUAAGACAAAUAUGGGAGACAGUGAAGGAGCGGUUGAACGAGCUGCUGUUCAUAGUAUUCAACUAUCUACGGAGACUGGAUGCUGUGGACUACAUGAAUGCGUUCAGAAUCCUUAUGAGGUGCAUGGAGAGCAGACGGGAGCUGGUCUUCACGAUAGUAGAGUUUAUCGCUGACAAACUAAGCACACAAGUUAUGUCCAGUAUUGAUUACCAUCACUGAAUAUACUCAGUAAGUUUACUUUUCUGGUGCAGUGUUCCUCGAACAAACUAUAUAUCUGUGCAAGUGCAGGUGCAAUCAGUGUUAGCCUUUUUGUACACGAUGUCGUACUUUAAGCAUGUACAUAUGACCUUAAAUAUUUAAAGUAACUAGUCACCAUAGCGAAGGAGUAGGUAUCUUGCUGUUCUUUCCUUACCAUAUGAAUUUAUAAAUAAGGAAUUCAAAUUCAAAAUUUAAAAUUCUUUAUUAUCUUAAGAAUAGGAAUGUGCACCAACUUUUGUGAUAGAUAGAUUUUUGGGUUUCAAAAGUCUAUGUGUGUGGAACAAUUGAAUAAAAUGUUUUUAUUUGAUGUGAAAUACGAAGUGAACUUAGUGCACCUGACUGUGUAAGACGUUUAUUUAACAAUGUUAGUUGCAUGUCAUAACGAUACGCUAACGAUACGACUACGGUUAGUAUCGACGUUAGCUUAGUAAGUACUAGUUCAAUACUUUGUGACUCCUUUAGUUUCCUUAGGCUGGGACUGAAUGCAGGAAUUAAUGUGAUAAACAUAGUCUUAACGGAGACAAAUUAUCUGAUUGUAUAAAAUUGUAAACCUUUAAAACCUUUGCAAAGGCGGUUUCAUUCAAAGGGAUAUUUUCUUUACAAUUUCACUUAGAUAAUAUAUUAGUACAAUUACUUGGAAUGUUGAAGAAGACUCUUAGAUUGUAGAAAAACUGAAAAAUGCUCGUAUCUUUUGAAAUAGUUCUCUUUUAAAUGUAGACUCAAAUAUAGCUGUUUUAAUACAGCUUGUGACUAACGUGAACUUAAUGCGAAAUGUAUGAAUUAUUAUUUUUUGAAUAAACAAUUAAUUUCUUUUUGUUUUGCUGUCGAGUCUUCUGAUAUUUUAAUAAUCUGUAUUUAGUAAUGUUUUUAUUUAAAAUAGUUUACUAAAUCAAGGUUUCAGUAGUUGUUGACCAACAUGUAUUUAUUUUUCAAGGUAAAAUAUUUUAUAUAAUGUGUUUAAUAUGAAAUAAAUGUACAUUCAAGGCUCAUAAAGACAUAUUAGGUAUAAAAAUGAUAAACUUAUCAGGUAUUGGUUUUACAUACUUAUAUCUAAAAAGAAAUCAAAUUAGCAUAGCACGCGUGACGUCAUCUGACAUCGAUACAUACAAUAGUAUAGAUAAUAUUUUUUUUUUUAAUAUUUGUUGGGGCGACGUUUGUCCACUAUCUCGCCUGGUGGUAAGAUAUG